AGAUUUUGACGCCAAUUCCUUUGCAUUUUCCUAGAACUCAUCGACCGAGUCGUCCACUGCCGUGCAAUUCCCGAAACGCAGUCCUAUCUGACCGCAAACGUCGCUGCGGAAACAACAAACGAAGCCCCGAUGUCACGGUAUUUACACCCACGAAGCCAUUUUUCUCUUUUCCGUGUCGAACAGAGAUGGCUUUGUAGCACAGACUCGGUGCGGUGUUGCUCCGUCUGUAUUUUCUAGCGUUCUUGGAUGAUGGGUUGGAGAUACAAAGCUGGUUUGGGUCUGAUUGGCACAGCUGUGCUCAUAUGGGUCGCGUCUGCCGAGGUGACUCAGAAAAUUUUUGAAGAAUACAAACAGCCAUUCGCCAUUACAUAUCUUAUGGUCUCUCUCAUGGUCGUCUUUUUCCCUAUAGCCUUCCUCAAUGACCGUGUAUGGGACUUACUUAGAAUAGAUCCUUUCAGAAGACUCUACUAUAAAAUCAAGUGCAAGAGCAGCAGAUCUGGUGAACUUAACAUUCCCCUUAUAUCCAGUGAAAUGUACGAUGAUGCAGAAACUGCUUCAAAGAAUAUCCUAAUUCCUGACUCGGACUGGGAUAUUAGUGAGAGGGAAGAGGGUCAACCUUUGAGGUCAAUGAAUGAGGAAUGUGAACUUCCGUUACUUGGCGAGAGUCCCGGACUUGGUUCAUUGGAUAUUGUCAAAUGCAGUUUAUAUCUCACCCCUAUAUGGUUUCUGACAGAGUACUUGUCGAAUUCUGCUCUGGCAAAUACCAGCGUAGCAAGUACGACUGUCCUGGCGUCUACAUCUUCCCUCUUCACACUUUUCUUUGGAGCUCUUCUCGGCCAGGAAUCCAUAAGCAUUGUGAAGGUGGUCGCUGUCUUUAUCAGCAUGGCUGGUGUUGCCAUGACCACAGUUGGAAAAACUUGGGCAUCUGAUGAGUCCUUAAGCGCAUCAGAGAUCAAAAAGCACACAAUAAUGGGGGACAUUUUCGGCCUUCUGUCAGCAGUAUUAUAUGGAUUGUUUACAGUGCUGCUAAAGAAGUCUGCAGGGUCAGAGGGAGAGAAGGUUGGUGUACACAAGUUCUUUGGAUACAUUGGCCUCUUCACUCUUCUUGGCCUUUGGUGGCUUGGAUGGCCACUACAUGCUUUGGGGGUUGAGCCCGAACUUGGCUUCCCGCCAUCGACAUCUGUUGGUGGAGCCUUGGUUUUAAAUGGCUUGGUGGGGAGUGUGCUUUUGGAUUACUUUUGGGCCCUAUCGAUCGUUUGGACAACUCCGCUGGUUGCGACACUUGGCAUGUCCUUGACCAUCCCCCUCGCAAUGGUGGCAGACAUGCUUGUUCACGGCCGUCGUUACUCUGCAAUUUACAUUUUCGGAUGCGUCCAGGUUUUCGCAGGAUUUGUUGUAGCCAAUCUCUCGGAUAUGUUUGCGAAGAAACCAGAAUCAUGACAUUCCGUGGGUGUUUGGGUGAAAACUUUUAACUCCUGGUGCAACUACCUAAGUGAGAUCUUCCUCUCUGUAAAUGGCCCUCGUGUCUCUUUCUACACAGGCAAAUCUCUGUGCUGUGAAUUCUGCUGACGCCAUUUUCACAGUGAAUAAUGAGUUUAUGCUCGGAAUUAUAAGGAGGAAGAUGACAAUUACAAUUU